CCACACACGCCCGAUCCGUGCCAACCCCCAGCUCUCACACACUUCCCACGCGUGAACACAUAAAAAAUACGAAACCCUAACCCGCCCUCCCACGCGCCCCACGCGCCCUUCGCCGGAGAGAUUCCGUCCGCCCGUUUCCUCCCAGCUUCCCCACUGGAGCUCCGGAACAACCCUUCCCGCUGAGUACGUCGGAGAACUGAGCUCCGCUGGGAUUGUGCUCCCCUCAAGAAUCCCCGGAAUACAGUUGGAUCUGUGGUUCGGGAGUUGCGGUGAAGACGACGAGCUGACAUCCGGGGAAGAAAAUGUGACUUCUUUCACGUUUGAAGAUGUGUAUCCUCUUCUUGCUAUUCAUACUCGAGGAUUCUAAGCCGACCCAGUUAAAUAUUUGCCCAUCCUCAGUGAUAAAGUUGGGGAUGCUUGGCUGAAUAAAGUUAUUGCUCCAUUCUUUGGCGGAUCUCUGGCUUAUUUAUUAGUUCCAAUCUGCAUCCAGGAAACACCAGAGUUAGCUGGUUUUUAAUACUCGGGCUAUGAUAUUUUCCAGAUGAAAUACGAAAAUGAGGGGAAAGAUUGGCCAAUAAGCAUGGUGCUUGAGGCAGAAAUAUGAACUUCCUGAAUAAUUCCUUGAAGAAAUCGGGAUUAGGAGCAAGAGCCUAGGGCGAGAAGUAAGUGAAGAAAUGGCAACAGAUUUGCAGAAACUAAUUGGUGCGAGUGAAGAAGAUGAGGACGAAGAUAUGGACGUGAAAGAAGAAGACGAUGAUGACGAAGAUGCCAUUGAGAAACAUCUAUCUACAUCUCCUAUAGUCGGUGUUGAUGUUUUGAUAGGGUCCACGAGUAAUAGUAACCGUUUUCAUAGUUACUCACAGAUGCAAGAACAGGUGGGUAACUCAGGAGGUGGGUCUCGAAGAUGUAGACCGCUGGAAGAGAAGGAGAGAACUAAGCUGAGAGAGCGUCAUCGGAGAGCGAUUACUGCAAGGAUCCUGGCAGGGCUUCGGAGGCAUGGGAACUAUAAUCUUAGGGUUAGGGCUGAUAUUAAUGAUGUGAUUGCAGCUUUAGCUAGGGAAGCAGGCUGGGUUGUUCUUCCAGAUGGCACGACCUACCCUUCUAGAUCUCAGGCCUCAAGACCUGUGAGUGGUCCAUCUAUGGUUGAUACUUCACCAUCAUCCCAAAUGAUGAUUCCUCAACAGACGACUCCUAUUUCCCCUAGAGGUGUCUCUACUGGCUAUCGUAGUUCUGUUGAAUACAAUUCAUGUCGUAUGAAAGGAGUUUUUAUUCCCAAUUCAUCACCUCAAACUCCAGCCAUGGUGGGAGAUGGAGAACAAACCGGAGGUCAGGCUCUUAUUGGUUGCUCCAUUGAUACUCUUGAUGGCAAGCAGAUUGUUGACAUACCCUUGAAACUAUCAGAACGUGAUUUUGCUGGCACUGCCUAUAUUCCUGUUUUUGUGAUGCUACCAUUGGGUGUUAUAAACUUGAAAUGCGAGUUGGCUGAUCCAGAUGGCUUACUUAAGCAGUUAAUGAUAUUGAAAACUAUAAAUGUUGAUGGUGUCUCUGUAAAUUGCUGGUGGGGGAUAGUAGAGGCUCAUGCUCCUCAAGAGUACAACUGGAAUGGUUAUAGGAGGUUAUUCCAAAUGAUCCGUGAGCUCAACCUUAAGCUACAGAUAGUGAUGUCAUUUCAUGCAUGUGGAGGCAAUGUUGGUGAUGAUGUUUGUAUUCCACUUCCUCAUUGGGUGGCAGAAAUCGGGCGCAGCAAUCCUGAUAUAUAUUUCACCGAUAGAGAGGGGAGACGAAACCCUGAAUCUCUCUCUUGGGGAGUUGACAAGGAGCGAGUUCUGAAAGGCCGUACUGCUAUUGAGGUGUACUUUGACUACAUGAGAAGUUUUAGGGUAGAAUUCAACGAGUACUUUGAGGAUGGUAUCAUUUCAAUGAUUGAGGUUGGACUAGGUCCAUGUGGAGAGCUGCGAUAUCCAUCUUCCCCUGUAAAGCAUGGUUGGAGAUAUCCUGGAAUAGGUGCAUUCCAGUGUUGGGAUCAGUAUAUGCUGAAAAGCCUGAGGAAGGCAGCAGAUGAAAGGGGACAGGCCUUUUGGGCUAGAGGACCAGAUAAUGUGGGUUCAUACAAUUCACAGCCACAAGAAACCGGUUUCUUUUGUGAAGGAGGUGAUUAUGACGGGUACUAUGGGAGGUUCUUUCUUGGUUGGUACUCCCAGAUGAUGAUUGAUCAUGGUGAUCGAAUCCUUUCCAUGGCUAAAUUAGCUUUUGAAGGCACUUGCAUCGCUGCUAAGUUAUCAGGUAUUCAUUGGUGGUAUAGGACAGCUAGUCAUGCUGCUGAAUUGACUACUGGAUAUUACAAUCCUUCAAAUAAAGAUGGUUAUGCUGCAAUAGCAGCUAUGUUAAAGAAGCACGGAGCUGCUAUGAACUUUCCUUGUCUUCACUCGCCUUCACCAGACCAGCCUGAGGAAUUUCAGUUAACCGAGGCACUGGCAGAUCCCAAUGGGCUGACCUGGCAAGUCAUGAACGCUGCAUGGGAUGUUUGCUUACCGAUGGUGAGUGAGAAUAGCAUUCCCUGCUUCGAUUGGGCAAGCUAUAGCAGACUAUUGAAUCGUGCUAAGCCCCUAAAUGAUCCUGAGGGAAGGCAUUUCUUAGCUUUCACCUACCUCAGACUCAAUCCACUCCUCCUGGAGAGACACAAUUUCAUGGAAUUUGAGCGGUUCCUGAACAGGAUGCAUGGGGAGGCAAUUGUCGAUAUCAAGCAAUAGCAGGAGAGAGCAGACAAUGUCAAGCAUCGUAUGUGAUUUAAAUUCCCCGACGAAGGAUUCCCGGAACCUACUUACCGUCUAGGAAAUUUUAGAAGAAAUAGCUGAUUGAUUUCGACUUGAUAUAUAGCUUCUGUAAAUGAAAGUACUAAACAAGAAAGCAGAAUUAGAGUUCCAUUCUAUAGUCAAGUGAACAUAUCGACCUACCUUUGACUGUGAAUACUAUUUUGGUGCUGUCAUCAAAUUCCUAAA